AUGAAGCUUUUGUAUACUCUCCCCGCUGGUGCUUGCCUUUUCGCAUGUGCUGUAGCCAGCAAUGCUCCUAAAGCCUACGAGCCAAAAUAUCGCCUUUCCCCUAUCGAUGGCUCCAAGAUUGCAUUACCGACAGCAGAGCAGCUCGCAUUUCAAGAUAAAGAAAUCGGUGUACUCAUCCACUAUAACAUUGCCACUGACAUCGGCAGCGACGGCUGCAAUUAUGACCCAAAGCUUGUGCCUGACCAAGCUCUGUUCAACCCUGCCUUGAUAAAUACUGAUCAGUCGAUGGAAAGAAUCACUGCUCUAGGUGGGAAGUAUGCCACGCUUGUGGCCAAGCACAACUGCGGAUUCACGAUAUGGCCGACUAAGUCGCCUGCCCAUGGAGAGAGUGUUGUCGAGAGUUUUGUAGAGUCGGCCCAAAAGUACAGAAUUGGACACGGCUUCUACUACAGCGUUGUAGUCAACAACUUUUUGAACGUACAGAAUGCUGAGGUUCUGAACACCUCCCUGGCAUGGGGACAGGUCGGUAUUAGUGACAGCACAUAUGGCCAGAUUGUAUUCGAUCAAUUAACGGAGUUAUGGACACAGUAUGGAAAUUUGACUGAAAUUUGGCUGGAUGGUGGAUAUGGCUCAACUCAGAUGAAUGAUAUUCAGAGUCUCCUGGAAGCUCAUCAACCUCAAGCUGUCGUCUUCGGUGCUUGUGACAAGAACAGCACUUUUCGAUGGAUUGGGAAGGAAACUGGAGAAGCCCCUGAAGAGACUUGGUCAACAGGCACUACAAGUGAUGGUGGCGAUCCUACAAGCCCUAUUUUCUGCCCGGCUGAAUGUGAUACUACUCUGCAAACUGACGACCGCUGGUUCUUCGGUGUCGACCAACCUCUACGAUCUAUUGAAGAAAUGAUUGAUGUCUAUCACACGAGUGUGGGCCGCAAUUGCGUCUUGGAACUAGAUCUCGCCCCUGAUCGCGGCGGUCUUAUCCCUGCUCGCCAUGCUGCCUGUUACAAGAAAUUAGGUGAUUUCAUUAGGUCCUGUUGUGACAAACCCAUCGCUCCUAAGGACACCAAACCUAAAAAUGAGGCCGGCAGCUAUUCUUUAACUUUCGACUUUCCAACUGUGAUUGAUCGCAUUGUAUUAAUGGAGGAUCAAACGAAUGGUCUAGUGAUUCGAUCAUAUCAGGCCCAUGCCAAGAUUGUCGAUGCGGAGGAAGCCAACGGCACCCUCAAUGUACCCUGGACUUUGGUAUCAAACGGUACCAGUGUUGGCCACAAGAAGAUUGAUUUUUUUGAUAAGGCCAUUACCGUCACCGACGUAUUAGUGAACUCCACAUACGUCGACAUUCCCAAAUGGCGAUCGGUUUCUGUGCAUCUUUGCGGUAGUUUAACCUAUAAUUAG